UGUUGCUGUAAUUGUCAAUCAAUAUUAAUAACUAUUAAUUAUAUGUAACAAAAUUUCAAAUGAAUGGUUUUAAUAAUACUAUUUUUAUUCUUUACUAGUAACAUAUAAUUGUUGAUAUCUUAGUGAUAAAAGUAAUACCUUGGUGAUGAUUAGGAUAGUUUUUAUCCUUACAUUAUCAUUGACAAUUACAGAAAUAAUACACAUUUUACAUCACGCAACAUCUCAUCUACCUCAUCAACAUUAGUGUAAAAUCUGAGCUAUAUUACUCUCUGAUUAUUAUUACUCUCUGAUUAUAUUUACACUGAUGUCAAUGAUUAAUUGACAAUUACAGCAAAAAAAUACACAAUUUUACAUCACACAACAUCUCAUCUAAUUCAUCGACACAAGUGUAAAAUCUUAAUGAACAAUGAUUAAAUAGAUGAGAUGUUAAAAAUCUUUAAAUAAAUUAUUUAACCUCCACUACACAUGUCACUUGACACAAGCUGACCCGUGGCCCGAGCAGCCUAUGUGACCCAUUAUAAAAUUAAAAUAAAAGCUCUCUGAUUUUACAUUAAUGUCGAUGAGAGAUGAGAUGUAUGAUGUAGAAGAAUUGUGUAUUGGUUAAAUGUUGCUGUAAUUGUCAACUCUCUGGUCUCCAACUGUCUCACGUUGCCUAUAUCACUUAUAGGAAAUACAUGUGAAUUACAUGUGAUUAUUAACGUUAGACAUUACCAGUUAUUAAGUGAUACUAUAGUCCACAUACUUCGUUGUAAUAGUUUUAGACAAGAUUUCACGUAUUUUACCUACAACUAAAAAAGAUUUAAGAGCCACACAGUUGCAAUACAAUUGUAACUAUUCUCUUACCUGACUAGUACACCUUCAAAUAAUCCUUUAGGUAUGAAUUGCCCUGCCAAUUCUCUACAUGAUAAUUCAUUGAAUUUAAUCAACAGCAGCAUACAUUGCCUCACAGUAAAUUUUUGAUGUCAAUUAUAAUGACAUAAGGGACUACCAUGCCUCUCGAUCUCUUUCUUUCUUUUCUCAUGCACUCUUUUUUCUUUUUUUAUUCUUCUGAUUGAAUGUUUCUUCCUCUCUUUUUUUUUAAUAUAACUGAAAUUAAAACAUAACACAAAGUAUUACUCUUAUCUCAGAAUACUUUAUUCCAUACAAAAAAUAAAAAUUUUGUGUAACUUAUCUGAUCUUCAAAUUAGGCACAGCUGUAUUUCUUUCCACCAUGUAAUCCAUGAUGUAAUAUGCAAGUUAUCAUAUCUGCCGCAGAUUAAAACAUCACACAUGAAAUGACAAUUGAUAGCUACAUUCCAGUUCCCAUUCUAUCCACUGACUGCUCUCGCUGUCUCUUUUUCUCUCUCUUUCUGCCCCCUUCCUUCUCUCAAAGUUCUUCUAUAUAUAUUCGAUGAUCACCAGUACCUUAAACAACAGCAAAUUAGUAUCAUGCCUCUCAAAACUUUUACCUCUCUCAAAAUAUUGUUUUUUUUUUUAAGACACAUCAGUCACUGUUAGACAUAACGGUAUAAGGCCUGGUCUACAAUAGCUAGAGUAAACUUACUCCUACUCCAUUACUCCUGCUGACAUUACGGCUAGUAUCAUAUCACAUAGUCGAAUCUUAUUUAAAGAUCGUCUCAAGUAAUGUCUUAAGAAUGAUCUUAAAUAAAUCCGACUAUGAAUACCGGCCGUAGAUCUUGCAUAAUGAUUGCACUAUUACUUCACGAACUGUCAUUAUUAACAAAUAACAACAUAAGCUCACACUGCACGUCACUUCGCGCGAACUUCUGGCGACUCACAUAACCCACAUAACCACAUAAAAAUUAUGAAUACUUUUCACAAUAAUCGAAGCAUUACCUUAGAAGUACGUUCCACUGAACGUUCAUAACGCUCGCGAGCGUCAUUUGUCCUUGCUUAAUAUUUGAUAAACAACAAGGAUGAAAUAAUCCCGCUGUCGUUGCGAGGGUUAGAUGGAACGUACUCUAAGGCCCGGUUCCACAACUCACGAUUAAAUUAACUGGCCGAUUAUUUUAUUGGAAUUGACCAAUCGUAUUUGUCGUUAAGCAAAAUUAACAAAUACGAUUGGUCAAUUCCAAUGGAAUAAUCGGCCAGUUAAUGUAACCGUGAGUUGUGGAACCGAGCCUAAGACAAUAAGUAUAACAAUCGACUAUGAAUAUCGACUUUACAAUCAUUUUCACAAGAAAACACGCGUUUAGAAACGCGUUCAGAAAUUCAGAAACGCGCUGUAAUGGCAAACAUUACAGACCUGCUUAAAUGAUAAAUAUUUAUAUCGUUGAUUUACAUUAUCGAUUUAAAAGCCCUAUAUCACAACAGCCAUAAACCAAAUUCGAUUAUUAAAUCGAUUCGAUGUCAAUUGAAUUUUCAUUUCUCAUUGGAUACUCACAAUCGAUAAAACGAUCUGAAACAAAAAUGUGUUUCCAAUCAUAUGUAAUAUAUUACCUGUGAACAGAUGAAAAUCGUCAGUCAUGAAGAUGAGCGACAAGGAGUCACAAGAUAUCCUCAUGGCAGAAGAAAAAAAAAACGACUUAGAAGCAUGCAAAAGAAAAAUUGAAGUUCUGGAGCAGCAACUUGCUGCUUCAAAAACAAAAGUGCAUUUUUUGGAGCAGCAAUUUGCUGCAACAGAAGUAGCAUCGCCCGGAUCAGGAUCGGAGAACCAAAAGAUUGAAAAAGAAGUUACAUCCGAACCAGGUCCUUCCGGAUCACAGGCGCCGGGACACGUGGGCGCAACGCCCAUGAAAAUACCAAGACGAUGGCAGAAAAGCCGCCACAGCCGUGGCCACCGCAGAGGCCACGAAAAUCGUGGCGGGCGUGGCGGAUAUGGCGGGCGUGGCGGGCGUGGCCCGCAAAAUUACUAUUUUAAUUUUUUUUUUAAUGAAAAAUGAAUAAAAAACUAAAACAUUAUU